CUUUCCAUUUCAAACGCGCUUGUGUUCUCAUCGUCCUCGCGUCUGGAUCUCACGCUUUCCCUUCAAGGUCAGAAAGACUUCGUUUGAGGCCAAAGGACCAUGCCGCGUGUUGAUUUCAAUGUUGGACUUUGAUUCCACCGUGCGAUGUUCGUGCUCUUAAAUUGUCAGGAUGAAGCGGCGGAUUCUUGUUUGGCUGCUGCCACUUUGGGCGUGUUGUGAUCGAGUUCUUCGGCACAAUGAAGAUCUCGACCAGAGUCCAGGUAGAGGGGACACACCGCAUCCAAGUGCCGACGGGGGUACGGAGUGUCUCAACAAAGAUUGUAAGAUUAAAGGCCUACACGCGAGUUGUGCGGUUUCUGGACCCAAACGAGGCCUUGCGGAUGCCAAACGUUGUAUGGCGCACGUCAAAGCGAUCAUGGACGACGAAAAGCCCGACAUCGACUUUGAAGCAAUCGAGCGUCUGGAAAAUUCACUGGCGCAGACUGAAGUGAAGGCGAGCACGUCCAUGCAGGUGGGCCACAUGGUAGCCCUCCUGCUCAAACCCAGGGGACGCCUCCCCGGCCUGCAUAUUUCCGCCAGCGACAACGAGGCCAACGCAGGCGCACCCGUCAACAACAGCAGAGUCAACGUCCACCUGCCCGGAGAUUUGCUCCCCGGCUCGGACGACAGCCUGCUGUUCUGCAUGGUGACGUGGCCUCGAUCCUUAUGGGUACACAAAUCGAUUGUUGUUCAGUACAUGAGGAGAAAACUCAUAUUUUUUUAUUGGAGAAAACAAAAGCGGAAGCGGUUGCUCAAGUGUGCACACCCUCCUACAACUGAGGGCGUGGCUAUGUUCAGAAUCAACCAAUCACAUUCAAAGUCACGAUUUAUGGAACUCAGAACAUACCUCCAAUACUUCAGCAUUUUUUUUUUAAUACAGGCUUUCUACGUUGUGGAUGUUUGUUGUUCGCCGUUGCAGAACGUGACGUCAGAGGAACUCUACCAGAACAGGCUGCUUGGCUUGCGUUUGCGCGGAAAAACUGUUUCAGGAUUGCGGCAGCGAGUGAACAUCACUGUCAAUACGGUCGUCGUCAACGAAACACAAAGCCCCAAAUGCGCCUUCUUGAAUUUCUCCACAAAAGCAUUCAGCAGCAGCGGUUGCCGGACCAUCUGGGAACCCGGUCAGAGUCACGUGACCUGUUCCUGCGACCACCUGACCUACUUUGGCAUUCUCUUGGUGUCCGCUCCCCUCUCGGACGCCGAUGAAGCAGUGCUGUCAUACCUCUCUCUGAUUGGCUGCACACUUUCUCUCAUCAGCCUGGUCAUUACGCUGCUGCUCUUCAUCGCCAAAAGGAAGCUCCGCGAGGACGUGUCGAUGAAGGUGCACGCCAACCUGGCCGUGGCGCUGAUCCUGCUCAACGCUCACUUCCUGUCCAGCCGGGCGGCGGCGCUGUCGCCCGACGGGAUCUGCUUUUACGUGGCUCUGGCGCUGCACUACUCCUUGUUGACCACCUUCAGCUGGAUGGCGCUGGAGAGCUUCCACCUCUACCUGCUCCUCGUGCGCGUCUUCAACAUCUACAUCCGCAGAUACAUGCUCAAGCUCGGCCUUGCUGGAUGGGGUCUUCCCGCCGCCAUCGUGAUCUUGGCCGUCUUUGUGAAACCCGACGCUUACGGACGCGUGGCCCUGGACGCCGCAGAUCCCGAAAGCACUCAAAUAUGCUACCUGCUGGACGGCACGCUGAAGAUGGUGAGCACGCUGGGCGUGUUCAGCGUGGUGUUUGCCUUCAACUUCACCAUGCUGGUGGUGACCGUCCAACGUUUGACCGGCCUCCCGCACAGCAAACGGAUUGGGCAGGGCGAGCGAGGGCGAGCCAAGCAGAACAUAAGCACGCUGCUGGGAGUCAGCACCUUGCUGGGCAUCACCUGGGGCCUCGUCUUCUUCUCCUUCGGCCACCUGAGCACGGCGGGCCUCUACCUAUUCUGCAUCCUCAACUCCCUGCAAGGUUUCUUCAUCUUCUUGUGGUUUGUCUUGUCUUGGAGAAAGUCGGCGCCCUCUGCGGCCAGCAGUAAAACGCCAAGCGCCAGCAGCUGAGCCAGGCCUCUCAACACUCCUAAAUCCGACUGUCACUCUUUUUAUCAUCUAGCUCUGUUUUGUUGGAGUACAGUAAUCCCUCGCCAUUACGCAGUUCAUCUUUUAUGGCUUCGCUUUUUUCACAUGUUCUACAUCCUGAUUGUUGGCUUUGGGACUGACUAGUGUCAAAUUGUGUGUGUGUGCGCGCGUGUGUGUGUGUGUGUGCG